AAACGCACCUUUAUUUCAACCGUCCUGACGUUUCCUCAUCGACAAGCCUAAAGCCUGUACUGCCAACUACCGAGGUUCCAACUCCAUCACCGCAAGGAUUCGCCUCAAGUUCUCCACUUUUAAGGUUUAAACGUUGCACAUCGCAUAUUGACUGACUGAUCGAUCGACGGAUCAAUCAAUGGCGGGAGUAUCGUUGAAGUGCGGGGACUGUGGGGCCCUCUUGAAGUCUGUAGAGGAGGCCCAGGAGCACGCCGAGCUGACCUCUCACUCCAACUUCUCCGAGUCGACGGAGGCUGUGCUCAAUCUCGUCUGCACUACUUGCGGCAAACCUUGCCGAUCCAAAACAGAAAGUGACCUGCACACGAAGAGAACUGGGCAUACAGAGUUUGCGGAUAAGACUUCUGAAGCAGCCAAACCAAUCAGUCUAGAGGUUACAAAAGCACCAAUGGAAGUGGAUGAACCUGGCGAUGGAAGCUCCAGUGCCCAGCCUGAAGAAAUGGUUGCUCCGGAGGUUGACCAAAAGCUCCUUGAGGAACUGGAAGGAAUGGGUUUCCCAAAGGCACGGGCAACACGGGCACUUCAUUAUUCUGGAAAUAUCAGUCUUGAGGCAGCUGUUAAUUGGGUUGUUGAGCAUGAGAAUGACCCAGAUGUUGAUGAAAUGCCCUUGAUACCUGCUAACACCAAAGCUGAGGCUCCUAAACCUACUCUUACACCCGAAGAAAUGAAGCUCAAAGCACAAGAGCUAAAGGAACGUGCCCGCAAGAAGAAGGAAGAGGAAGAGAAGAGAAUGGAAAGAGAGAGAGAAAAGGAGAGAAUUAGAAUUGGCAGGGAACUCCUAGAAGCUAAACGAAUUGAGGAAGAAAAUGAAAGAAAACGUUUGUUGGCCCUCCGGAAGGCAGAGAAAGAAGAAGAGAAGAGGGCUAGGGAAAAAAUUCGUCAGAAGUUGGAAGAGGACAAGGCAGAAAGAAGAAGGAAGCUUGGAUUGCCACCUGAAGAACCGGCAACUGUAAAACCUUCAGCAUCUGUUGCGGAGGAGAAAAAGAGCUCCUUGCCUGUUAGGCCUGCCACAAAAGCAGAACAAAUGAGGGAGUGUUUGAGAACUCUUAAGCAGACUCACAAGGAUGAUGAUGCUAAAGUGAAGAGGGCAUUCGAGACUCUCCUAACUUACAUAGGGAAUGUUGCCAAAAAUCCUAAUGAGGAGAAGUACAGAAAAAUUAGGGUUAAAAACCAAACCUUUCUGGAUAGAGUUGGUUCAUUGAAGGGGGGCAUCGAGUUCUUGGAGAUAUGCGGUUUUGAGAAAAUUGAAGGCGAUGAGUUCCUCUUCUUACCUAGGGACAAGGUUGAGAUGGCUGUGCUGAAUUCUGCCGGGUCUGAGCUGAAUUCUGCAAUUAGUAAUCCAUUUUUUGGUGUGCUUUAAGUUCAACUGACUUCCAUAUGCUGGAAAAUGUUAUUUUUCAGAAAAUGCAUAGUAUUUUCAAGGAUUGUAUUAAGCUCCUCGUUGAUUAGAUUUAAGCAAGUAACCGUUUAUGAAUUUAUUGUUGAAAUUGAGAGCAUCACCACUAAUUUUAA